GGGGGGGGGAUUCAACUGCACGUUUUGGAUUAGCUCCCUGGUGUUGUGAGUGAAAGAUUCGAAGAGGAGGACUCAGUAAAGAGUGAGCCUGUGCUGUACUGUGUUUGGUGUCCCAGCCCAGUGGACUGACUGUAUGUGUUUAGACUCGUCUCUCUAAGGGCCCUACUGCCUGCUAUACAGACACACCCACAAGGACCAAUCCUCCUUUCCUCCUCGCCCUGCGCCUGGGGACACACUGUGGUGGUGUGAUGGGAUUGGCUGAAUAGCGAGAGACGCUCCCCUACCAUCGAGGACACUCUGCAGAUGAGAGGUGAUCGUCUGCCUGUCCAAACUGCCCAAAAGACCUUCUCCCCAUCUGUCCUCACCUAAGAUGGCUUCCCACGGCCUUCUCCUGCACUGGAACGGACUGGAGCAGAGCUGUGCCCUACCAUGGUGAUCAUCUUCUCAAAAACACUGGAAAAGAAGAAAGGUGGCGAUCAUGUAAGGGCUAAGGACACUGAAUAUUUGCUGCUGCGUGAGCGCCACACCAUGAGCAGAGGGACUACCCUCUUCUCCUGUGGCACUGUGGAGGCAGACAGGUGGCUGGACCUUGGCCGAGGCUGUGCCAUCCAGCGAGGGACGCCCUGCGAGUCCGGCGCCAGUCUGGAGAGCCUGUGGGAUGUUCUGCCCGAGGAGUGCCAGCGGAGGAGCCUGGUCUGGGGCCACGAGGUUGGCCCUGCCACCGCCAUCACCAGCCUCAUUCGAGACCUUAACCUUGGCGAUGCCAAGCUGGCAGCCACCCAGUCCCUGGCCCUCGCCAACCCCCCUUCAGCCUCCACGGCACCCCCUAGCAAGCGCCAGUGUCGCUCACUCUCCUUCUCUGAAGAGUUUGGUGGCUGCCGGUCUUCAUGGAGACCUCAGGUGUCGCGAGUGUGGACGGCGGUGGAGAAGAGGAGGUGCCACAGUGGGGGGAGUGUGCAUCGCUGCUCUGGAGGAGGUGGUAUAGGAGGUGGUGGAGGUUAUUCAGGGGGUCAUUUUCCUGCCAUGCAGCGGAGCUCCAGUUUCAGCCUACCCUCACGCUCCAACAACCCCACAGACGGGGCUCUGGAGCUGCCCUGCUUCACCCAGCGCCUGCCCCUUCACCCCCUGUUCACUGCCUCCCCUAUGUCCCCUACAUCCCCCUCCCACCACCACUACCACCACUCCCUCAGGCCCCUCUCCUUGUCCCAUGAGCAGAUCAGCCUGCCAGAGCACCACAGGGAGGGGGCCAGCUCCCCGGACUUCACCCAAGAGAUGGGGAGACGUGCUGGACAGAGGGCAGGGGGGACUGGGGGCCUGUCCCGGAGCAAGUCUCAGCCCUGCGUCCUGAACGAUAAAAAGAUUGGCAUGAAGCGCAGGAGACCAGAGGAUGCACAGGAACCACGGCCCUCCCUGGACCUGGCUAAGAUGACCCAGAAACUCCAGACGUUCCACAGCUUGAGCUGCCCUGGGUUCUCUGGUCCGGACAGCUGUCGCUCAUACAUGCCCCCGCCCUCCACCAGGAGCUUGAGCCAAUCAGAAUCUGACUUCGCCUGUGCGUCUGACCUAUGUGCUGAGACUCAACAGGAAGUGGACGAGGAGGAGGAUGACUCUUCUUAUAAGGAGCUGGACAGUGACUCAGCGUGUAGCCUGGACUCCAGGCCCGGGUCCCCAUGCAGGGGAGGGGGGGAGAGAAUGGGGCAGGGACACACCCCCUGGAAGGGUGAGUAUGGGACAGAGAAGGACAUCUACCAGCUGGGGGGUGAGCUGGACAUCGACCAGAUCGAGAGGAACUGAAUGCAACUUGAAGCCUUUGGAUAAAGGAUUGUCAUAACCUUUUAUGAAGGCUGAGGAAUGUUUCUGAAGGUUUGCCGGAGAAUUUGGAAUUUCAUGACCACAAGAAGGAUGCCUUUAUGUAUGAUAGGUGGAUGUUGAGCAGGCUAAAAUGACCUCAGAGAGAGGAACCUAGCGAUUUUAGACAGUGGUGUUUGGAACAUUAUAAGGAUGUUUGUAUAUGCAGUGGGGGGAUGUUGUAUUGUGUGUAAUGUCAACGAAGGACAAAGCACGUGGAAGUGUCAAUAGAAGGUGCUGCAUGUUGAAUUGGCAGAUGGCUUCUUUGGUUGAACUUUGAGAUCCUGCAGGACAAACAGUUGUUUUGAACUGUCUCGUUGUCUUUCCGAAUCUAAAGGCAGUGGCUUUCGCUUGGCGACGUGCAGCCUAACUCAGGAGUGGGAAAGUGAGGGAUAGUCUUUAAUACCUCCAAAAAGCCCUCUCUCCUCUUAGCCUGAGUACCACCCUAUACACCUGGACUGAACUGCAGCAGGAAUAUGCUACAACUUCUGCUUUUCUCUACCAGAAUGGGGGGGGGGGACAUGAUGGACUGGGGAGAGAGGGAUGAAAUAGAAGAGGAGAGAAACAGUAUUUUUUUUCUCAUAGACAUCACCUUGACACUUUUCUUCAACUAUACCUGCAAGAAGGACACUCCCUGUUGAAUUCCAAGUUAGCCCCUAGCCUCUAUACCCUAUUCCCUAGCCCCUAUACUCUAGGCACUCCUGUAGAUAUGAAAGGAAGAUGGUACCAGUAUUAUGGUCAUUUCUUCACCUUCCCUUCUAACAGGCGGUGUGGAGUUUUCACCAUAUUGCUUACCUACCCAAGGGUUUCAGAUUGCCUAGGGGAUAGGGGUCAAUUUGGAAUUCCCAAGGUGUUCACACACCAUCGCUGAAUGUAAAUAAGCUUUUAAUGGGUUUGGAAAUAACAGGCAAUUUGGUCGGUCAGAUACAUGUGUUGUCUUUACACCUCAGAAUACCCUACUCGAAACAAACCUUUAUGACGUUUAAUAGAUUCUAAUAUGCAAAAUGUAUAUUUGAAUAAACACUGAAUUGUAAGUUUUCAGUUCUAAUAUCAAUGUAUAUUUUUCUAAAAUGUAUUUUUUAUGAUCUGUUUGUGAAGGAACUGAAUUAAGAGGCUUUUCUUUAACAGGAUAGACAUGAAAUAAAAACACAAACUGCC